UCAUUGAAUACUAAAUGCUUAACACGAUACAUGGCGCAGUCGCAGUCUACUCCGUCAAUCAUGUCGAUGUUUAACAUACCUGAAAAGUUAAACGUAUCAGGAAAUCUGUCGGAGAAUUGGAAAACGUUUGAACAGAACCUGAAAAUAUAUUUGGUGGCGUCCGGCUUAGACAAAAGCGAUGACACAAGGAAAGUGGCGAUCCUUUUAAAUGUAAUUGGUGAGGAUGGCAUUAAAAUCUACAAUAACUUUGCGUUGACGACGACGGAAGACGUAAAGUUUGAAGAUGUCAUGAAGAAGUUCAAGGACUAUUGUGAGCCUAAAAAGAAUGUUCUUCAGUCAAGGUUCCUUUUUUACACCAGAAAGCAGGAGGAGAGCGAACCAUUUGACAGCUUCCUAACUGAUGUAAAGAGGCUAGUUAAGAGUUGUAAAUUUGGAGCGGAAGAAGAUGAUGCUGUUCGCGACCGACUCGUAUUGGGUACCAAUGACCUGCAUACCCAGAAGAAGAUAGUCAUAGAAGGCGAUGCAGAAUUGGACAUGGUAAUUACAAAGUUGCGACUUGCCGAAUUAGGACGUCAACAUGCUGCAGAGGUCCAAGGCAAAGUCAAGGUUGAUAAGGUGAUUGAAAAAAAAUCGAACAGCAAACCGGUACAUAAUAAUAAUAUGGUACUGAAAUGCAAAUGGUGCGGAGAGCAACAUGAGCGUAAACUCGAAGUGUGUCCGGCUCGUGGCAAAUUAUGUACAAAGUGCAAUCGGUACAACCAUUAUGCUACAGUGUGCCGCAGCAAAUAUGUAAAAGCUAUUGCAGACAAUCAGGAAGAUAGUGAUGGCAAAUUUUAUUGUGGCAGUGUUCAGAAGAUGAUCCAAGGAAAAUUGAAUUAAUUGCAAAGUACCAAGAUGUAUUUACUGGGACAGGGAGAUUUCCAGCUGAAUGUCAAAUACUACUAAAAGAAGGGUCUGUACCAAUUUCAAAACCACCUCAUCGU